AUGCAUACACCAACUAUUUCCAACCAAACUGAUCGCACCGGAACCGCCCCAGCCCUCCGCUACGACGGCGCCGGCCCCGAUGAAUACUUAAGUGAUACAGAUAGCUAUAAUGAUAAUGAUUCUGAUUGUGGAUCAGAUGAUUAUAAUAACUACGAGUCUAAUUAUGGGUCCGAUAAUGAAGAAGCUUCCUGCGCUUCAACCAGCACUACCGAAGCUGUAAAAGAACGAAAGGUUAAUGUGACAUAUACUCUGAGGCAAGAAAACUUCAAUGGCUCUAGUUUAUAUAACGCUUAUGACCGAAGUGAAGUGGAAAAUAAAUUGGUUAUAAAAAUCGACCAAGAUGCCGAUCAUGCCCCUAAAUUUUCUGUUGCCGAUUACAUUUCUGAAGUUUAUGGCUUACCUGGGAUUCAUGAAUGUAUUAAUGGUCAUAAACCUUUAAGAGCUGAUAUUCUCAAUGGAUUAGUAAUCACUACAUCAUCAGACCCUAGCAAGUGUAGCUACCAUAUUUUAUACGCACCGGCUCUCCUUAUCGAUCAUCAUGAACUCAAAGCAUUUACUGAAUUAGUAUAUACCAUAACCGGUGAAAAAUUCGGCAAUUUUAUUGAUUGUAUUUUGCCUGGUCAUAAUUUUAACCUUCGCCUAAUUGGUUCUGCAAAAAAAGGUUGGGUGAAACGCAUUCUCCAAUUCUCUCUAGAUAAUGGCUGGAAUGAACUCGAUCACGUUAGGGUUCAACCGCCUCCUAGUUUGGGACUUGAAGUAAGACCUCGGAUGCUUAGUGAAGAAAAAAAUAAUAAUCCACUAAGAAUAAUCGUGGGUCAGGAUGUAUUGCAAAAAUGCGCGAACCUUGUUUUGCAAAAGCAUUCUAACUAUCUUAGGGAUUGGACUAUCGAAGAAAAAGACUCAGAAAACUUCGUAUAUUUCAACUGGAAAGGUCUACUAGAAUGUCCACUAUGUAAACGUAUACAUGACAAGGAUCAGCGGUGGUUCGGCCAUGUAUGCGCUAGCAAAAAAAUUCAGCAAGAAAAUAAAAAUUCACCGCAAGUCUCUCACAAGGUAAGAGGCCCUGGCUUCCCUAAAGCCUUCGUAAAAAUGCCACCCUGGGUUAAGUAUAAUGAAACCCUUACAGCGACAGAAAUAUAUGAGGAGAGAUAUGUAAGACCAUUACCCAAUGAAGGCGAUAUCUAUGUUGGAUCACCUUGGGAGACAGGAAAAACAUAUGUUCUAGAGCAUCUUACUAUAUCUGAUGACGUGAAUUUGCUAGUAUUAUCCACGCGCCACUCCUAUUCGAAUGCAGUUACUACCAGACUUAAUCUCAAAUCAUAUUGUGAUAUCGAUGGUAAUAUAAAUCUACCUGAUCAUAAGAGGGUAGUGUGUCAGAUAGAAAGCUUACAUCGGAUUACAAAUAAUUGCAAAUGUAAUAAAAAAUGCAAAUGUCUUCCAAUCCAAUAUGACUUGUGGCUUGAUGAAAUAGUGUCUAUAAUUGCUCAAGCACAAAGUCAUCUGGCAGGUCAAUCGAUAGAGAAGUUAUAUAAAUUGAUCCAAGACGCGAGGCGCAUUAUUGUAAUGGAUAAUGACCUAACUGACCUUAACAUUGAAUGGAUUAAGGCCCUUCGUAAGAAUAUACCUCUCUCUAUUAUCCACAAUACUUACCAGCCUCAGAAAGGUAAGACAUUCCGCUUGGCUCCUAAUAAAGAAACAGUAUUAGCUGAACUUUGGGAAUGGGCUAAGCAAAUGUCUUUAUUACCUUUUGAGAAUCGGACAAGCGUAUCGCUCAUCUGUCACCUUAGAAAAGAUGUGCAAGGAAUAGUUCGUGCUCUCAAGACUGAUUUUCCAGAAUUACGGAUCAAGGAAUACCACGGCAAGUCUGAUCCGGUAGAAAAGGCUCAUGACUUCAGCAACGUGGAAGAGUCGUGGAAAGAUGUAGACUUAGUUGCCUAUACAAGCACUUUAAAAAUAGGAGUAUCCUGCACUAAUCCUAAGUUCAGACGGGCAUUCUGUCUUUUUAAUAGCUACAUAGAAACAAAUGCCGGGACGAAUCAGAUAGAAAGGUUUAUUCCAAUGGUUGUUGAAUGCCAAACGGGAAUGUCUCCCCCGGGAACUUCAGAAUAG